CCUCGAUGUAAUGCAACCGGCAACACUGUAAUUCGUUAUAGAUCCCUUUAUAGCUUCCUGCCGCAGUGUAGUAAACAGUAAUUUUGCUACCAAUGGCUCCAAGAAAAGGUAAAGUUCAGAAAGAGGAAGUCCAAGUUUCCCUUGGUCCUCAAGUGAGAGAAGGCGAAAUUGUGUUCGGAGUGGCCCAUAUUUUCGCCAGCUUUAACGAUACGUUUGUUCACGUAACCGAUUUAUCUGGUAGAGAAACAAUCUCUCGUGUUACUGGAGGAAUGAAGGUGAAAGCUGACAGAGAUGAGGCUUCUCCGUACGCUGCUAUGUUGGCUGCACAGGAUGUAGCGGAAAAAUGUAAAUCGUUAGGUAUUACUGCAUUGCACAUCAAACUGCGAGCCACUGGUGGAAACAAAACUAAAACACCUGGACCAGGUGCUCAAAGUGCUUUGCGUGCGUUAGCUAGAUCUAACAUGAAAAUUGGACGUAUCGAAGAUGUUACACCCAUUCCAUCAGAUUCAACCCGUAGGAAGGGUGGCAGACGUGGUCGUAGAUUGUAAACAAUAUUUUGUUUAAAUUUAAUGUAAGCAUAACAUCUGUCUUGAUUUCAAUAUAUUUGACCGAGGGUAUUAUGUUU